AUGGCCCCGUCCCCCGGCUUCGUCGCGCGUCUCCUGCUGGCCCUGAGCUGUUCUGCACUGCCUGCCCUGACGUCGUUGGCGCUCUUCGGCAGGCGUGCCCCGCACGAAGCCUCCCCGCCGCACAGGCUUGUCGCGCCACUGAAUCGCCACCGGCGGCGGGAGCUCACAGCCUUCCUCAACUCUUGCAACUGGCCGCCUGUGGAUCCUAGCCCGGAGUGGGACCCCCUGCAUGGACUUGGGCACCGCGGCUGUGUUCGCCUUCGCAGGCCCACUCGCACACUGUUCCGCAAGCAGCGGGCGUCCUGGUGCCGCCAGCCCCGAGCCUGGUCUGGAUGGCCUUACCGCAAUCAGCGCAUUGGGGAGGCGCUCAACCCCGGCCCCGGCGAUCCGCCUCGUGAGCGCUCCCCUGCUCGAGCCAGCAGCUCAAGCCGUGUGUUCUGCCCUGUUCCUGGCUGCCCGUCGGCGGAUGCCUCCACCGCGCGUGGCUGGCCCACCCACGCAUCAAUGCGCCCGCAUCUGGAUGCCCACUCUGGCGGAGUGCUGCGGGGCGCAGUUCCUGCUGACUACUGCCGCACGCAUGGCCUGGACAACUGCUCCGUCUGUGGUAUGCUUGUCGCUGCACGCUUCAACGGAGUACACCCCCGCUGCAGGCCAUCUGCCCGCACAGCUGUGCCAAGCCCAGCGUCGCACCCUGUGGGGGGAGGCAUUGCUCCUGACAUCGACAGCCUGCCGGACCUAGCCACCAUUUUCAGUGCCAAUAUCCCCGUGUUGCGCCAUGUGCCCAAGGCAGCUCGGGGGGCCUGGGCGCAAUGCCUGGCUCGCGCCCUCGCCCAGGUUGCUGGACAUAACUCUCUCCGUGCAUGGCGCGAGCUCCUCAUCCUGCCCAAAACGGUCCUCCGGCCUGCCCCGCGAGGAGGGGCCCGCCGCCGCGAGCAGGCCGCUCGCUUCACACAGCGCUGCUGCGCCCGCUGGCUUGAAGGUGAGCGGGGGGAGCCGUGGUCUGAGAGCCCCGCCCGCCGACCCAAACAGGCUUCCGAGGAAGACGAGGCCGCCGUGCUCGCCCGCCGUCAUGCCCGCUGCAUCUCAUUGGCUGGUGAGGGCGAGCUCUCCCGUGCAUGCGCCGCCCUCGUCGACCCCCCUCUCCUUGCCGAGUCAACCGAAGUGCUCAACUCACUUCGCGCCAAACACCCGCAUGCCAGCCCGGCCCGCCCUGGUCUGCAAUCGCUGGGCCCCCCGUCAAGGAGGGACGUCCCCGACAUCUCAUCCGCGGAGGUGCUCAAGGCUGUUCGGGGGUUUCGGCGCGGUAGCGCCCCUGGCCCCACCGGCCUUCGCGGCGACCAUGUCCGUGAGGCUCUGUCAACCGCCCACGCCGACGAGGUUACAGCACACCUCACCGAGGUCAUCAGGCUUCUAGUGCACGGCGAGGCCCCGCUCGAGCUUGCUCCACACCUGGCGGGGGCUACUCUUCAUGCCAUGCCAAAGGGCGGUGACGAUGUUCGCCCGAUUGCAGUGGGCGAGACUUGGCGCCGUCUCGCCGGCAAAUGCCUGUGCUCCUCGCUGCGCGAGGCCGCCGCCCAGAACCUGUGGCCCCUCCAGGCAGUGGAUGCAGCGCACACCGGCCACGCGGACAAAUGCUUUCUGCAGGUGGACUUUCGGAAUGCUUUCAACACCAUCGACCGAGCGGCCAUGCUCCGUCAAGUCCGCCUGCACAUGCCUGGCCUCGCGCCGCGGGCCGAGUGGUGCUACGACCACCACUCGCGCUUGCUCUUCCACCACUCUCCUCUGCUGUCCGAGGCCGGGGUCCAGCAAGGGGACCCUCUAGGCCCUUUGCUGUUUGCCUUGACUCUGCAACCAGCCCUGCGGGCCGCUGCCGCGGGCGCAGCGGGACAGGUUCCUGAGCUUACUUUCGCCUUCCUUGAUGAUGCCUGUCUCGCGGGCGGCUCUCGCCAAGUUGCUGCCGGCCUGACCCGCCUUGCGGUUAACCACACUGGCGCCACUUGCCUGCUGGGGGCGCCCAUCGGGCCGCAAGCUUACACGGAGGACUACACUCGGACGAAGCGUGUGGAAAAGGCGACUCUUCUUUUGCAGGCUCUGCAGGAGCUGCCCGACCCACAAACCGCGCUCCUCCUCCUUCGCCACUGUGCCGCCUACUGCCGCAUGGUUUUUGCACUGCGCGUGACGCCGCCCCAACUCUUGGCCGGGGCUGCCUGUGACUUUGACUCGGCCGUCCGAGCCUGCCUCGAGCACUUCUGCACCGGGCCGCUUCCUUGCGAGGCGUGGCUCCAGGCCUCCCUCAGCACAGCCAACGGUGGCCUGGGUUUGCGGCACGCGGCUCGACACGCAGCGGCCGCCUACACUGCCUCCCUGAGUGCCGUGCUGCAGCGUUGUUUGGCGCUUGACCCGUCCUACUUGCCCGCCUGGCCCCUCAAUGACAUAACAGUCACCCUCUUCAACGGACAUGUGCUCGCUGCUGACCGUCUCCCGACUCCCGUGCCACCUACCGUGCGACAACAGCAGUUGUCCCAGGCACUAGACCGGGCCGCGGUCCAGCAGCUCCUCACGCCCGGUCCCAACCGCGAGGCUUUCAGAGCCAACCUGCAGCUGCAACGACAGCCUCGGGCGGGAGCAUGGCUCCAGGCUGUCCCGAGUGAGGCGCUAGGCCUUGCCCUCGCCCCAGACAUCUUCCGAGUGCUGGUCAAGCUCCGGCUACG